GAUGCUGUGAACAACCUACCAGGACACUAUAAGUUAAAUAUCAAUUACACGCAAAUUUUACAUAUUCAGAAAGCUUUUUAUGAAACCAUGAGUGAGGGUAAAGGAGAACUUAUCGCCGAACUGGAAGACGAUGAGCGAAAAUAUAAGGUGAAAGUAAAAGACGGAUCAUCGGAAAAGAGAUUCUUUGGCUUGAGCAAAAGACGAUUGGCAUUAGUUGUGGGAGCAGUUUUAGUCAUCUUGUUAAUAAUUAUUUUACUCGUGGUGUUUUUGGUGAAAGUACGCUCAAAGGGAUCUAAAGGUAGCAAAUCACCUUCAGAAGGACGGGAGAAAUGCUCACCAGAUCCCUUGAUUAUCAUAUCAAUGGAUGGAUUUCGACCUGAUUUUCUCGGAAGAAAUCUAACCCCCAACAUCGAUUAUCUCGCUAGCAGUGGAGUUCUAGCAAAAUUCCUCCUUCCUCAAUUUCCAACCAAGACCUUUCCUAACCACUACUCCAUGGUAACGGGCCUUUUUCCCUCACACACUGGUAUUGUGGCUAACCGGUUCAGAGACGACAAACUAAAUGACAACUUUAAAAUUGGAGGACCGACGACGUCUGAUCCGAAAUGGUGGAAAGGCGAACCACUUUGGGUCACCGCCAUUAAGCGAGGUCUCGUGUCUGCGUGUUACUUCUGGGUCGGAUCGGAAGUUCCUAUUGAAGGAAUAUUACCCAACUUCACAUAUGUCUACAAUCAGACUCAUCCGUUUGAAGCGCGUGUGGAUAAAGUUCUGAGCUGGUUGGAUCUGCCAUCCCACUGUACCGCGGAUGAUCCCAACAAGGGAGGCAAACGGCGGCCCUCCUUCAUAACUCUGUAUUUUCAUGAACCUGAUUACACUGAGCAUCGAGCAGGGCCGGACUCAGAGAAGGUAAGUGUCACGCUUUGCUGUCACACCUCAUGUGUCCCGCUCAUGUGUACUUCGAAGCUCAGUGAGCUUCGAAGUACACAUGAGCGGACCGGACGGUCUCGAAUUUUGGGAGAAGUAGAGACUAUUCUAUGGAAAGCGCGCACGAACGAUUGUUAUUCAAGAACCAAUGCGCAGUACAAAAGAGUGGACGAUAUGAUUGGAAGACUGUGGAAAGGGCUAAAGGAUCGAUCCAUGCAGGAUAAAGUAAACAUGAUCCUUGUUGGAGAUCACGGUAUGGCUUCAAAAAGUUGCCAGCGGAUCGUUUACACAGACGCAUACAAUGUAACUCUCGAUGACGUAUAUUCCCCUCAGUGGUAUGGAGGGGCAUUCAUAUCGAUGAAUCCGAAACCGGGAGUUUCAGCGGAAGACAUUGUGGCUCGUUUACAAUGUAAAAAUCCACACUUUCGCGUGUUUUUGAAAGAAAACCUUCCCAAGCGACUUCAUUACUCUGAUAACAGGAGGAUUGGACGAAUUAUCCUAAUUCCGGAAGACGGCUGGUUGGUAGGAUUUAAUUCCACUCGUGGGAUCUGGUACUGUGAUGGUGGAGAUCAUGGCUACAACAACAUAGAUCAUAACAUGCGGACUCUUUUUGUAGCUCAUGGUCCCGCUUUCAAGAAAGGAGAAGUAGUAGAUCAUUUCCUUAGUACAGAACUCUACGGCAUGAUGGCAGGUAUACUCGGGCUUAAGCCAGCCCCGAACGAUGGAACGCCUGGUAGUUUGCGACAUCUAUUGGAUCCAAGUGUCGACAUUGAUAUUCCUGAGACUAAGAAUGAGGGACAGUUAAUGAGAACUGACAUCUGCCGAAAACCUGAGGGCUUUGACAACUGCAGUCGGUGCAUUUGUCAAAAUUGUGAGAAUACAUCAGAGGUUAUUCUAAAUGACAAGAAGUUAGACCUGUCAGACCAACAGAUAUCUGAAUUUCAGGCGACGCACCUUCCGUGGGGAGUACCUGAGGGUGGAGCAGGUCAAGAAGGCUGUAUUCUAGCACAGAAGGGUUUUGUGACAGGCUAUAGUACUUCUCUACGUUUGCCCUUAUGGGUGGCUUAUAGACUUGAUGGAGAGAAAGCGUCACAGUCAGGAACCCGAAGAAAUUGUUUCCGAAAAGAUACUCGCCUUACCGAUUCCCAGGCCUCGCUCUGCAAGCACUACAAGCAUUCGUCUUUUGACCGCGGACACAUGGCGCCGAAUGGUGACUUUGACUCUUCUAAUGAAAACGAUGAGGCAUGGAUGGAUACAUAUCUUUUAUCUAACAUAGCACCUCAAUACCAUGGAUUCAACGCAGGUAUUUGGCUGAAGGCUGAAUAUUUGGUCCGGGAUCUUGCAGCCAACUAUUCACAUGUUUACAUCAUAAGUGGUUCAAUAUUUGACGAGAACGCCGAUGGAAUCCGAGAUGAAGAUGGGAGCAUUUCAAGGUGGCUCAAAAACGAUACCAGCUCAGUGGCUAUUCCUACUCAUUAUUAUAAAAUUAUAAUGCGAUGCGACACCAGCAAGAAACCAUACUACAAUGUGCCCGGAUGUGAAGGAAGACUUGACGUCAUUUCUUUCAUAUUACCCCACUUGCCGAAGCUUCCCUGCUCCAAGUAUGAAUCGUCUUCUAAAUAUCUCCUUGAAAAUGCGGCUAGAGUUCGCGACAUCGAACUGUUGACAGGGAUCAAGUUUUUCAGUGGAUUACCACCAUCGGAGCAGGCGCGACUCAAAACUAUUUCACCGGUCAAAUUGUGGCCCUGAGCAUUUAAGAGCGUGUCUGUAAUUUCCGACCACUCGAAAUUGGUUCAAAAAUAA